UCAUUUAGAUACAACUCCAGAAUCGCCCAGCCCUAAUUAUUCCAGGACCAGAGGUUGUUUGCGCAGCACUCGAAUACAUAUACGCACAAACACAGUUCUGUGCGCGGCUUUUCGGAGCGUUACGGCGCGCUCCUCCCUCUCCAUCGCGGCGCGGGCGGGGACCCGCCGGUUCCGCCCCGCACUAGCAGCGGAGACAGGAGGACCCCGGAGAUCGGGACCCCCGGCGUCUGGUCGCCCAACUCUGUUCAGGCUUAGGCCCGCAUGGAGGGGACUGCAGAGUCCCAGACGCCUGACCUGCGAGACGUUGAAGGCAAGGUGGGCAGGAAGACCCCCGAAGGGCUGCUCCGCGGGCUUCGAGGGGAACGGGAACCGGGAACCUCUGGAGCCCUGCUGCUCCCUGGGGCACCUAGCACGGGCCACGGUCUGGGGGACAAGAUCAUGGCGCUGAAGAUGGAGCUGGCUUACCUGCGAGCCAUCGACGUGAAGAUCCUACAGCAGCUGGUGACUUUGAACGAGGGCAUUGAGGCAGUGCGCUGGCUGUUGGAAGAGCGGGGAACGUUAACCAGCCACUGCAGCAGCCUCACCAGCAGUCAGUAUAGCCUGACAGGUGGGAGUCCAGGCCGCUCAAGGCGAGGCAGCUGGGACAGCCUGCCAGACAUCAGCUCCACUGACCGGCUGGACAGUGUCUCCAUUGGCAGCUUCCUGGACACCGUGGCCCCUGGCGAGCUGGAUGAACAGGGCCCCCUCAGUGCUCCCCGCCCUGAGAUGGACUGGGCAAAGGUUAUACCUGGCGGGGAGAGGGCUAGGACGGAGGUGGACCUGACAGCCGCCAAGCUAGGGAGCUUGAGGGCUGUGUGGAAGCCCCCAGGCGAGGGGCUCCAGAGUGGACCUCCUGAGUCACCAGAGGAUGAGAGUGCCAAGCUGGGCUUUGAGGUCCACUGGUACUGGGGGCAGUGCCAGGAUGAUGUGACCUUCCUGUAACAACUUUUCCACUCUUGUACUGCUGUGGCUCUUUCUCCACUAGGCCCUGGUCUCCCUUGAAAUUGAUUCUCCCUCAAUCUGGGACUAGAAAGAGGCUGCACUGAAAUCAGUUAUCAGGGAAACCUGGCCUCACCAGCCCUCUGGUCUGUGGGGAGGCUAUGCCUUUAUCCCUCAACUACUGGGUCCAUAGAGCUACUUCCACAGAUACAUUGACUCUAGAGGCUUGACCUGUGGCUCCUGGUGUGAUGUUCUCUCUUCCCCUUUGCCCUGUAACUAGGUAAGGAUUGGAGGGAUUUAGGACACUUAGCAGAUCACUGAGGAAGAGAUGGGGGUAUAGCGAUCUCAUCCAAUAUCUAGGAGCCUUGGCCUCCCCUCUUGGCUGAGAUGCAGGAUUGCUGAGGGACAUGCACACUCAGGGCCACCCCUCCAUGGAUUGGCCUGCCCAGAAAUCUCUGGGGUUGGUAGAAUCACUGUAUCUUGUUUGGUGAGUGAUGUCAUUUCCUUCCAGGAUGGAUUAGUCUUCCCACUGUACUAGCCCUUUGGUGGUGAUAGGUCCGAAUAGCAGUGUCUGAACUCCUAUUGCUAAGUGAGACCAUGCGACUUAUUCUGCAUACCAUUGCUUCUUGUGAGGGAGAGCAUAACACCCCUCCUGGCAGGAAAGUUUCCCACUGUUAGAUGUCUGUGCUUCUUUUCAGAAAGGUUCAUACCUUUUAAACAGGGUGUUCACAUUUUAUCCCAGCACUCCUGUGUCUGUGCUUCUGGGGAGGCAGGUUGGUCAGGGCCUCCCCCUACUGCUCUCAAAGUCUGGCCUGCCCUGCCAUAGUCCCCUGUUUUACCCUGUCCCUGGGUCGCCCCGAUUCUUGUAUUCUGGCUCCAAAUCUGACUGCCAGGAGAUUCAGCUUUUGUGUCUCCACACCUUCUCAAUUUCCACUUCCACUUUAGGCCUCAGGCCUUUUAUAUGCAGAUGAGUCGCCCAGCCUCUUCUCCCCAUUGCUGAUGGGAACCAGAGGGAGGACAUGCUUGAGGUCUCAGAGCUCUGGAGGUGUACCAGAAUUUCCAAAGUGAGGUGUGUGCCUUCUUCUCUAAUCCUGUGAUUUUCCCCCUCCCCCACCCUCCCCCAAACCCUCCACCAUUUGGUCACAAGGACCUGCCUGGAGACUGGGACACAAGGAAUCCCCUUGUUUUAGUUACAAUGGAGGGGGGUGUGGCAGGGAAAGACAGAGGCUCUUUAGUUCUAGGGCCCACAUCCUGCGGGGAGAGAGAGAUCCAGGGAAAGACCACUUUACAUCCUCUCUCAGAGCAAGCCCUAGACUCCAGGACCUGAGGAGGGAGCAGGGGACUGGCUCUGGGCCUAGGUCCCAGGGCCCUAAGCAAUUACACUAAAGAAGGAAUUCAGGAAAGCUGCCAAUCUGAGGCUCAGGGAGAGGAUGAGGAGAUAAAGGCUGUGGCUGAUGUUAAAGAAUGAAUUCUUGGAGAUUAACCCUUUGAACCCCAGGUAACUGCUUAUAUGUUGGUCAUCAUCUUUCCUGGGCCCUGAAACUAGAUUACUGGAAGGCAAAGAGGAGAGAAAAGGAUAUCGGGUGAUCCUUGCCUAUUUGCUGUGCCCUCCUGAGUUGUAGGAGUGGUCCCCUAACCCUAGAGAAACUGCCACAGUUUCUCUACUUUUCAAUCUAUGCUGGGGAAGGGAAGGAAGCCAAGUAGAUCAUCCCCACUUCCCCUAAACUCCAGUCUUGUUCUGCACUCCCCACCCCCGUCACUUGGGGGCAACACAUGCAGUCCAUGGCUGUCCCCUAAAGACCCUCUCUCCUCUUCCCAUCCUCUUAAUGUGACUGAAAUAACCAAAAUACAUUCUUAGCCUCUCCCCUGCUGUCCACCAGCUCUCUCCUUACCACCCCUCCUGGUCUUAGGGCUCCUGACCCCCCAACCCACCCCCCCCCAGGCUGGAAAUUCAUAUACCUUUAUGAAAUUUCUAUUCUGUUGCCAUAUUGUAGUGUGCUCUUGGGUAAACUACCUUGUAUUUCUUUUUGAAGACAGCUUGUUUGUUUAGUCUACAAACUUCUGAGCUGAAGAAGUUGCCUGCCCUCUUGUGGCCAUUUUUGCCAUUAUGCAUCAUUGUCAUGGGUAGCUGGGUGGAAUUUCCACAUUCAAAUACUGCAUUACAGGAGACCAGCCCCUCGUUGCACAGGGAGGCUGGAGAGACUGGCCUAGAGAGGUCAGAGACUUGUCCAGUGUCAUCCAUGUUAAAUCCAUGGCAAUGCCCAGGCUAGAGAACCCACAUGUCCUGCCUGCUUGCCUGCCCACAGGUCUAUCACUUGGCCAGAUUAUUCCCACACCUCACCCAGUCGAUACUAUCCAAGCUCAAAGGGACUGAAAGCAACUUUCCUCUAUUUUAAUAUGUAUGUCCUCAUCCUACUGUGAGGUAGUUCAAUGUUUAGAGAAGAGCUAUAGGUUCUGAGGAGAGAGAACCUUGGACCUGGAUUGGUUACUAAUCUGGACUACAGAUGUAAGGAAAGUCAAUCCUGGACCAUUUUUUUCUGAGUAGGGAGGGUGAGUCAUGGGGGCAGAACUCAGCAUUUCAAACCUGGAUAUUAAAGGGAGGGGCUGGGGUGGAGAGGUUUGAGAUUAAGAGGUCCAGGUGGGUCCUGUGGAGUCCUGGGGGGCUCUACAGCUUGGGGGAUGGGAUUCUAGCUCAAUCGGAUAGGCAUCUGAGGGUUGAGGAGCUGGAGAGCUGAGGUAAAUUGGGAUGCUUGGGCACUCCAGGUAGGUAUGGGCAUCCUGCUCAAUACCUUAGGCCCUAUUUCACUGCCUGAGUAGUUCAGGAACCCAGUAAACACCCAUCCUUCGUCCCUCUUACCUACUGCUGGACUGGCUGCUUGAGGCUUAGCUCUUCUGUUAAUUUAGGCCUUCCUAGGCUAUAAGGAGGAUCUGUUUAGUAGCUCAUAGAAAGAGAAGGGAGGAAAAGGGAGAGAGGUACAGAGAGAUAAGAGAGAAUAAGAUGAAAACAGAGUGUUGUAAGUAUGAUCAGAGGGAGCAUACUGUCCUCCAGGUGGGCCUGCGGCUGUAGUCAGGGCUCAGGGUAAGGGCAGAGAUGAGACUGCCCUUGGCAGCUGCAGAGACAGCACCUGGCAGGAUAGGGGUGUUGCUGGCUGGGGUGGGUAUAUGUGGGCAAGUGUAAGGGUGUGCAUUUAGGAUGUGGGCAGUGAGGCUGAGCACUGGCAGCAUAGGUGAAAACGCUUGGGGUUUAUGGUGGCCACAAGCUCUCUGUGUAUGCAGUACAAGGCACAUACCAGGUGUUCAGUGACAUCUGCCGACUGAAUGGAGGAACGAAUGUGUAAACCCAAAAGGAGAUGUAACUUAUUUUUUUAAGUGGGUAAUUAGGCAAUAGGUAAUUUAAAAAUAUUUGAUUCUUAGCAACCCUAUAAACAAUGCCUUAUUAAUGAUGUAUCAUUGCUUAGGCAUUUGAUCAGGGUGAGAGAGGUAAUAAAUGAAUGGUAAUAUAAACCUAGUUCAGCCUGACUGCAGGGACUUCCAGGAAGUCUUCUCUGAUUCUCCACUUCCCACUCUCACAGACCCUACUUUCCUGGGAGAACAGGUUAGUGCUGCCUAGCAGCAGGGCCAACGUGCAAGUUUCCUAUUGCUGUUGUAAUGACUUACCAUAAACUUAAUUGCUUAAACAACACAAAUGUAUUAUCUUACAGUUCUGGAGAUCACAUGUCUGAAAUCAAUUUCAUUGGGUUAAAGUCAAGGUGUUGACAAGCUUGCCUUCCUUCUGGAGACUCUAGGGGACAAUCCAUUUCUGUACCUUUUCUAGGUUCUAGAGGCUGCUUGCGUUCCUUGGUUCAUGGUCCCUUCCUCCAUCAUCGAGCCAGCAGGAUAGCCUUUUCACUCCUCUGGCCUCUGCUUCCAUUCUCACAUCUUUCUCUAAUUCUCCUGUUUCAUUGUGAUUACGUGUCCUUGUAAUUACAUUGGGUCCACUGAGGUAAUCCAGGAUCAUCUUCCCAUCUCAAGAUCCUUAACUUAACCAUAUCUUCAAAGUCCCUUUUACCAGAUAAGGUGAGGUAGGAAUUAGGACAUGAGCAUCUUUGGAGGUGAGGCCAUUAUCCAACCACAGGCAGAGAUGAAGGCUGAGCAGGAGGAUGCACCCAGGCACGGAAUGAGCGUCUGUGCUUUGUGCAGCCUCCCUCAGCCCGGUACCAAGGGGGAGGUGGCUAGGUCCAGGCCCCAUGUCUGGGGAAAGGCAAGUGACCCCAGUGUCAUCACUAUCAGGAAGAGGUGAGAGUGAUGAUCAGACUUGAGAGAAAUUCUCAGUUUAGGGAACUUUUCAGGCCUGAGACUCUGCUAGUGGACAUGAUUGCCUCCUCUCCAGAACCAUUCUGUGCUCCUCUAGGCAGGAGAUAAUUACCAGCAAACUAGCCUGUGCUUUCUCUGGAAGGGGUAGAUUUUUCUCCUUUUUAAAAAUUAUUUAUUGGUUUUAGAGAGAGAGAGGAAGGGAGAGAAAGACACCAAUUUGUUGUUCCACUUAUGUAUGUAAUCAUUGGUUAAUUUUUUAAAUUUUAUUUAUUGAUUUUUAGAGAGAAACACUGAUUUGAUAUUUCACUUAAUUAUGUGUUCAUUGGAUGAUCCUCGUAUGUGCUCUGACUGGUAAUCAGACCCACAACCUUAGUGUAUCAGGAUGAUGCUCUAACCAACCGAGCUACAUGGCCAGGGCAAUUUUCUCUUUUUUAAAUUAUUUUUUAUUCCUUAAGAGUUAAACUCUCAUCAUCAGUUGAUACUAGGUCUCUUUCUUGUUUUAGUUGCUUUUCAUCCCAAAUCCUUAUUCCUCUCCCAGACCUAGGCAUACACUCUAAUGUGUUCAAUAUGUCUAUGUAAUGUAUGUGUCUUUAAAUAUAUAUAAUUAUGUGCUUAUGUUUUCUAAUAUAUAUAAAUGGUAUACUUUUAUAAUAAGCUAACUUCUAUAAUGAAUUGCCCCAUAUUUCAGUGAUUUCGCACACAGAAAGAUUUAUUUUUUACUUACACAGGAGCUCAGGUGUGCUGGCUGGACAGCUGUCUUCCACUGGGCGUUUCAGGUGCCAGGCUCCUGCCUUUGCAGGUGGCGAUAGCCUGAUCCUGCAUCAGAAGGUUCUCUGUCAGCUUUUCACCAAAUUGGUUUAUCAUCCAUUAAUUUUUAUGAAUUGGUUAUUUCACCAGCAAUAACAAAAUAAUGACUUUAUAAUACUAUUAUUUUUUUCUUUUAUUAUUUCUAAUUCUGUAAAAAAAUUUUUUUCACCUCCUCUAGGACCAUUUGGUUACCUUGAAAUAAAGUUCAUACCAGAAUGUCAAGACAAAUGCUUAAAUCUCUUUAUUUCUCUCUUUCAAAGUAGUUGGUUGGUGUCCUAGCAACUUGGUGUUGAUUUUGUUUCACUUUCUCUUUAAAUUAUUGUUGUGAACUUGUAGUUUUUAUAUACAGGGUCUGGCACAAAUAAUGCCCCUUUUUAUUACAAAAUCAAUAGCAUGUAAUUCUAUAACAUAACAAUAUCACACUGAAGAACACCAUAUGGCAUUUUAGGUGAAAUGUUGAAAUUAAAACGACAAACUGUUAGACCCAUAUUAUUACUCUGCCAGCCACACUCAAGCAGGUGUUACUUCUGCCGGGCCCUGUAUUUAAUGCUUAAUCAUUUGCAAUUAUUUAUGUUUUAUAUUAUAUAAAAUUUCAAGCAUAUACAAAAAUAUAGAAAAUAAUAAAGUGAAUUUCCACAUACCCAUCUCUUAGCUUUAAAAAUGAUCAACUCAUGGACUAUCUUGAUUUAUUUAUUCCCUCAACUACUCUCCCCGUAACUGAGGUUAUUUUGAAACACACCUCAAAGUAGAAUUCCAAUUCACAUGUAAAUGUUUUAGUAAGUAUCUCUAAAAAAUAAGGACUUUUACUGCCAUUACUGCACCUAAAAUUAAUAAUUUCUCAAUA